AAAAAAAACGACGUGUUUACGACCAGUACGGUAAAGAGGGUUUGCUGGGAGACCGUGGCCAUCAUCGGUCUUCGCGUCAUCAUCAUACACAUGAUUUCGAAGAUUUUGAUAUAAUGGGAGGUUUUCCAUUCGUAUUUCGCCCACCAGAGGAAGUUUUCCGUGAAUUUUUUGGUGUAAAUUCGCCAUUUGCUGAUUUGUUUAGAGAUGUACAUGGCUAUCCACAGUCGAAUAGACAGAAUAAUGGGCUAAGUAGCAGUGGACGUCAGCAUGUUGGUACAAAAUUGGCUUCACCAUUUGGAGCGCCUAUGCUGAACUAUUCUAUGAUGGAUUUCAUGAUGCCUUCAAAUGGAUUCACCUCGUUUAGCUCAAUCAACUCAAUGUCAAAUGGAAGGAAUGGUCCGGGAAAUGGGGCAGUCAAACGCACUUCCACCUCAACGACAUUCGUUAAUGGUAAAAAACUGAUGACUAAACGAGUCUAUGAAAAUGGAAAGGAGACUGUCUUUUCAUAUGAAAAUGAUGUCCUAAAAUCAAAGACUGUGAACGGAGUUGCGCAGAAACUCUCUUCAAUCACAAAUUAGAAAGUCAUAAAUGUGUUAAAAUAUAAGAAGAGGAAAAGUUAUUAAUCUACACAGUGUCCCUGAAACCUUCCUCUCUUUGACUAGGAUUUUCCACUACCAUAGUUUAUUUAAUUUGGUUAUUAUUUUUAUACGAAUAUUUUUAAUUCUAACAUAAAUUAGUUAGCGAUUAGUGAAGAGAAUUUAUUUAACUAUUCUCUUUGGCAGUAUGCUUAUUUAACAUAAUCAGAAUAUAUAGAUGUGAAGGUAAACGCUACGAAAUGUUAAUUAGCCAUCGAUAGCUGAGGAAAGACAACUAUUUUAAUUCUAAAAAUUGUGAAAUAUUAUUCAUUGAAAAAAUUAA